UUCCAAAUCAGGACACAGUCCAUCUUUGUUUAUUGUCUGACAUUUAUGGCAUGCACACUAAACUAAUCCAGGUCAUCUUCAGAAGACAUUUACUGUCAGUGACUCAUUUCUUUGCUUGUUAUUUUCAGCUAACCAACCUCUGCUUCUUGCCCAAGGAAUGUUAAAUUUGAUGAGCUGUUGUUAUCUUAAUGUGCUAUUAAUAUUAUCUGUGCAGAAAACAGUUUCAUAAGCUAUAUUUUAUUUUAUUGUUACCAUUAUUGCAUGCAAAUAUUAGAAUUUGUUUAUUUGAAUCUUCAAACCUAUUAUAUAUUUUGCAAAAUCACUACUUAGCAUUAGUUUUUACUUGCAACAUACAUUUUAACUUGCACCUUGCACAGAAAAUGAAAAGCUGAAAAGCUUCUCAGCUGCAUGAGAGAUGUCAAGGUGUGAAACCAUAAACCAAAGACAGAACAUUUUUUAACCAGGAAAUAUGUGACCAUUUUACUUUACAUUCCUACUUAAAAGGAACUACUCUAUCCAUUUUAGCUGUAGCUGGUUCUGAUUACUGAAAGGAAAGUAAAUACGUUGCAAAGUAAAACUAACUGGAUCUGAUUUGUACAAAAUUGGAAGUCGACCAGACCCUUAAAUAGGUCAGAUAAUCAGUGUUUGCUUGAACCCUAUCUAACACUGAUAACACAGAUAACCUUUACAUGACACCAGUUGUUCUUCUGAAGAACAGCUUGAGAAAACUGAACCUCUUUUGUCUUGUUACUUGAAAGCCUUAUAUAGUUGUCACAGAAGCAGCUUAUUAACAUACAGACAGGGUUUGUUUCGUUUCUUGUAAUCUUUUUGUGUUUUUCCCCUUGAGAAGAGCAAUCACAAUGUUGAUCAGAGGCCAAUAGCUGUACUUGAGAUUUCUAGUUGAACGUGGAUCUGUUGUGUGGCGUGUUAUGAUAGAUAUACCUUUAAACCACAGUUUGAGGUUAUUGAUUCUUAACAAACCAGAUGUAUGUGAUGUCUAAUGCGAGCACAUUUCUGUCUGCUGCUGUGGCCUGAAAAGAGAGAGUUCCUGCCAGUGUUAGAGCAUACUUUUCUAAGAGGCCUUUUGUUGGGAACCGUUGUGAUGUUGCCUCUCUGUUGCCUGUUUUAGGGCCAACCUUUGAAUGGUUCCCCAGAUGUGGUUCAGCAUCUUCAGUUCUCCAUCGCUUUUCACCACCAGAUGUUCUUGUGUUUUCUUUUAGGUUCUUAUUCCGAUCCAAACUAUCUCUGUUGCUUUUUUUAAGAGACAGAGAAUUUUCCAUUCUGUCAUUGUGUCACUCCACUGGAAGUUUAUAAUUUUGUUUGGCCAGAAUAUAUUUAGGGUUCUCUGCUUCUUUUCAGAAGACAGGUAGUUGGUGUGAUCACUGUCUGUUACAGUCUAUCAUUCUUAGCAAAAAAGAAAAAUGGAAAGUUCUAGAUGCUGUGCUGCUGACCUAAAAACAUUGUUUUGAAUUUCAACAGGUUGCUGAGACAGGGCUCCUUUGUCCUAUAAUGUGGGAAACUCUUCACAUGAGGAUCUCUGUUGUUCACAAGGAUCAGUGAGGGAUUUAGGGUUGCAUCCCCAGCUGCGUACGUGUAUCAGCCACAGUGCUCCAGGCUCACUGGAAAAUCAGCAGCAGGAAAGGUUAUUGACAUCCUGUGGUUGAAUAUUGGCACCUUGGAAUCGACAGGACCUCUUCAUCACAGGGAUUCAAACCACUGACUUCAAGAGAGCUCCUGUAGAACGCUUAGCCACUAUGUCCUAGCUAAAAGAAACCUAACUCUGUCUCUGCAUACCCUUGCCCUUUUUUACCACAAUCUCUGUGUCCUCCUCCCCCUACUGGUCACCAUCAGCGUCCCGUCCAGCGUGAUGAGCAGUUUGCAUCAGCAACAUCAUGGCAACACAGGCUCAGAGCGAGAUCUUCAGUCUGCCACCUCCUCUGUUAGUCUCCCAUCUGUUAAAAAGACCCCCAACAAGCGCCGUCUGUCCCUCUACUCACUGUUUGGCCGACGGUGCCGCCUUGACCCCAGGCGCAAAUCCAAGCCCCUGCAGGCUGGACUUGGAGUGGACAGCCCUGUCACCACUGAAAUUGUCCAGACAGAAACCUUCAACGACAAAACCUCCACCCACUCAGCACCAGGUGAAGCAUCAACCUCAUCAGUGUCAGGGUCUUCAUCGGAGUUCCUCGAGUGCCCCUUGUGUCUACUGCGCCAUGCCCGAGACCAUUUCCCAGACAUCAUGACCUGUCACCACCGCUCCUGUGCCGAAUGUCUGAGACAGUAUCUACGCAUCGAAAUCUCUGAGUCCCGUGUCAACAUCAGCUGCCCUGAAUGUUCGGAGCGCUUCAAUCCCCACGACAUACGAUUGAUCCUGGGAGACAAGGCCCUCAUGGAGAAGUAUGAGGAAUUCAUGCUGAGGAGGUGGCUGGUAGCUGAACCUGACUGUCGCUGGUGCCCUGCCCCGGAUUGUGGUUACGCAGUUAUCGCCUUCGGCUGUGCGAGCUGCCCAAAGAUCACCUGUGGACGUGAGGGCUGUGGGACAGAGUUCUGUUACCACUGCAAACAGCUGUGGCAUCCAAACCAGACAUGUGACACAGCCAGGCAACAGAGAGCCCAGAGUCUGCGGCUGAGGAGUUUCAGGUCCUCCUCCCUCAGCUACAGUCAAGAAAGUGGAGCCGCAGGUGAUGACAUCAAGCCGUGUCCUCGCUGUGCUGCCUACAUCAUUAAGAUGAAUGAUGGGAGCUGUAAUCACAUGACCUGUGCUGUCUGCGGCUGUGAGUUCUGCUGGCUCUGCAUGAAGGAGAUUUCUGACCUGCAUUACCUAAGUCCAUCAGGCUGCACCUUUUGGGGUAAGAAGCCAUGGAGCAGAAAAAAGAAGAUCCUCUGGCAGCUUGGCACUCUGGUCGGAGCCCCAGUGGGCAUCGCUCUCAUCGCAGGCAUUGCCAUCCCUGCAAUGAUCAUUGGAAUCCCGGUGUACGUGGGCAGGAAGAUCCAUAACCGCUACGAGGGCAAAGACAUCUCCAAACACAAGAGGAACUUGGUCAUAGCUGGUGGUGUGACACUGUCUGUUAUUGUGUCGCCUGUUGUCGCUGCAGUCACAGUCGGCAUUGGUGUUCCUAUCAUGCUGGCUUAUGUUUACGGAGUCGUACCGAUCUCACUGUGUCGGAGCGGCGGCUGCGGGGUGUCGGCCGGAAACGGCAAAGGUGUGCGAAUAGAAUUUGACGACGAGAAUGACAACAUCGGCAGCGGUGCAGCAGCAACAGAUACGACCUCUGUGGCAGAGACGCGUCUCAACAACCCCAGCCUGGGCGACGGUGCCAGUGUGGGGGGUCUGACGGGCCUCAGUCUCAGUGUCAGUGGCAGCCACAUGGAGCGCUGUGGCGUGAGCUCCGCUCAGAGAGACAACAUGAGCGACAACGCCAGCACCACAGCCAUGGCUGGGACCAGCAUCACAGGCAGCCUGUCCGGCAGCUGCUACAACAGAAUGGAAGUGCAGGCUGAUGUCCAGAAGGAGCGCUGCAGUCUGAGUGGAGAGUCAGCCACAGUCAGUCUGGGGACGGUCAGUGACAAUGCAAGUACAAAAGCCAUGGCGGGAUCCAUUCUUAACGCCUACAUGACCAUGGACAGAGACAAUGGUCUUGAAGUCCAGGCAGAUGUUGACCCCAAACUGCAGAAGGUGAGACACUCCAGUGCCAGCAGCAGCCUGGAUGAAGCCAGUAGCAGUAGCAGCACUGCAGCCCUCAAAGUAACCACCAGAGGCUCUGGUCCCUCCAGCUGUAGCUGCACACAGCAGGACAACCACUGCUGCCCUUCGUCUUCGACCUGCUCUCAGGAACCCUCCACCUCCACGGGCAGAAAGAGCAAAGGUAAGCUUUGGAAAAGAGCAAGUAGCAGAGACGACGAAGAAGAAGAAGAAGAAGAAACAAAGAUGAAGGAAACCCAAGGAGACAUGGAUGCUCAUCUGGUGGAGCAGCGCAGCACCAACUCCUCUGAGUUUGACUCUCCGUCACUCAGCGGGAGCCUGCCCUCCGUCGCCGACUCACAAUGCAGCCGCUCAUCGUCAGAGCUCGGCUGCACCGACCACGAAACCUUAAGACCAGCUCCUACUUCUUGCUCUGCACCGACAGACCUCCACGCUCAGCACCAAACCACUGCCUUCAGUAACGUCUCCUUCACGUCCAUGCCCGAGGUGGAAAACGACCGUCUGGAGCACUGUCCAUCCCAGAGCAGCCACGAGGCCUUGGUUCACCGCCUGCUGUCCACGUCUCCACCUGCUUCUCCAACAGAGGGCAGCAGUGGGAUGUUUCUGUUCAUCAGCGAAGAGGGUGCUGGUCACGUCACGGAAACGGGGCCAGAAAAUGACGAGAGCACUAGAGGAGGCAGCAGUCAUGCAGCAGUGGAACCUGUGAGCCUGACGAGGAGGAGCUGCGUACAAACAGACAUCUGAGGAAAACCUCAGGUGGAUACAGGAUGUCGACACGCCCCG